UCGGGAGGCGGGGGCGGUUCACGCAGCUCCUCCGGCCAAUCGCCUUGGAGCGCGCGGGUCCCCGGGAGUAAAGCCAGGCUUGUGUUGGGGGAGCCGGAGCGCGGGAGUUGUUGCGGCGGAACCAUGGUGGGCCACCUGAGCGAGGGGGCCAUUGCGGCCAUCAUGCAACAGGGAGAUACAUCUAUAAAACCCAUCCUCCAAGUCAUUAACAUCCGUCCCAUUACUACAGGGAAUAGUCCACCCCGUUAUCGACUGCUUAUGAGUGAUGGAUUGAAUACUCUAUCUUCGUUCAUGUUGGCAACACAGCUGAACCCUCUUGUUGAGGAAGAGCGAUUGUCUAGCAACUGUAUUUGCCAGAUUAACCGAUUUAUUGUGAACACGCUGAAAGAUGGAAGGAGAGUGGUUAUUUUGAUGGAGUUAGAAGUUUUGAAAUCAGCUGAAGCAGUUGGAUCAAAGAUUGGCAACCCAAUGCCUUAUAAUGAAGGACACGGACAGCAGCCAGUAGUUCCUCCUCCUGUCUCAGCAGCCAGUCCACCAACCAGCAGGCCCCAGCAACAGAAUGGGAGCCCAGGAGUGGCUUCCACUGCAUCUAAGGCUUUUGGUGCCUCAAAGACAUUUGGAAAAGCUGGCGGUACCAGCCAAGUGAACAGCUCUGGGGGAACACAGGCCAAAGUGGUACCCAUUGCCAGCCUCACCCCGUACCAAUCCAAGUGGACUAUCUGUGCUCGUGUCACCAACAAAAGUCAGAUCCGUACCUGGAGCAACUCCCGAGGGGAAGGGAAGCUUUUCUCCAUAGAACUGGUUGAUGAGAGUGGUGAAAUCAGAGCGACUGCUUUCAAUGAGCAAGCGGACAAGUUUUUCCCCCUUAUUGACGUGAACAAGGUCUAUUACUUCUCUAAAGGCACCCUGAAGAUCGCCAACAAACAAUUCACAGCCGUCAAAAACGACUAUGAGAUGACCUUCAACAAUGAGACUUCUGUCAUGCCCUGUGAAGACGGUCAUCACUUACCCACAGUUCAGUUUGAUUUCACAGGGAUUGACGACCUGGAGAGCAAAUCUAAAGACUCGCUUGUAGACAUAAUCGGGAUCUGCAAGAACUACGAAGAUGUCACAAAAAUCAUAGUAAAGUCUAACAACAGAGAAGUCUCGAAGAGAAAUAUCUAUCUGAUGGAUAUGUCAGGGAAAGUGGUGAACGCUACCCUGUGGGGAGACGAUGCUGAUAAAUUUGAUGGUUCUAGACAACCUGUGAUGGCCAUCAAAGGAGCCAGAGUUUCUGAUUUUGGUGGACGGAGCCUCUCUGUCCUAUCUUCAAGCACCAUCAUUGUGAACCCUGACAUCCCAGAGGCCUAUAAGCUUCGUGGAUGGUUUGACUCAGAAGGACAAGCCUUAGAUGGCAUUUCCAUCUCUGAUCUAAAGAGUGGAGGAGCAGGUGGGAGCAAUACCAACUGGAAAACUUUAUAUGAGGUCAAGUCGGAGAACCUGGGCCAAGGUGACAAGCCUGACUAUUUUAGCUCUGUGGCAACUGUGGUGUAUCUUCGCAAAGAGAACUGUAUGUACCAGGCCUGCCCAACUCAGGAUUGUAACAAGAAAGUGAUCGACCAGCAGAACGGAUUGUACCGCUGCGAGAAGUGUGACAGUGAAUUCCCCAAUUUCAAGUACCGCAUGAUCCUGUCAGUCAAUAUUGCCGAUUUUCAAGAGAAUCAGUGGGUCACAUGUUUCCAGGAGUCUGCAGAGGCCAUCCUUGGACAAAGCACUGCUUAUCUUGGAGAAUUAAAAGAGAAGAACGAGCAAGCAUUUGAGGAAGUUUUCCAGAAUGCCAACUUUCGAUCUUUUACGUUCAGGAUCAGGGUCAAACUGGAGACCUACAAUGAUGAGUCUCGAAUUAAGGCCACGGUGGUGGACGUGAAGCCUGUGGACUACAGAGAAUACGGCAGAAGGCUGGUCAUGAACAUCAGGAGAAACGCGGCGAUGUGAGAGGAUCCUGCCAAUGGGGCAGGAGCUUGUGGAUAGAGGGCUGAAGCGAACCCCCGCCACCCCACCUCCAACCUCCACCCGCACCACCAUCCCCGCCCUGACUGACAGCGAUGCAGAGCGCCCCUCUACCACGGACUAAGCCAUCGCCUCUCGUCACACCUGGGAACCCACUGGCAGCAAAGGGAAAACGCUCGUGGGGCUGUGGUGUAAACCGUGUCAGACCGGGGUCAGCUGCGAGGACCAUAGUACCACUCACUCCCUGUCUUUAGGCUUUUGUCAGUUUUACUAAGAGCUCAUUAUUUUCAACCAGGAAUUAUGUCACAAGUAAUUGACCCUCAGUCUGUAGACAGUGAAAUAAAUUAUGUAAGUCGGGUUCCUGCUUCUCCAGUGGUGACACCUUCUCAGCUCGGGUCCCUUCCCAAGGGGGAGCGCUGAGAAGUGGUUUUGUGGAGGAACUUGAGUGUUUUAGGAAGCCUGUCUUCCUUGAUUUCAAAGGCUCCCUUUCUAGAGGGGCCACACAGUUGUUAAUGCCUGGAUUGGCAAUGGGGUAGAAUUAUUAAUCAAAGUCAUAUCUUUUAUAUCUGAAGAAUAUCCUUCCUUCAGGGUUUAAUAGACUGAGUCAGAUGGGUCUGAUAUUAAUCAAAAUGGUCUCUUCUGAGGAAGGCUGAUAAGCAUUGACUUGCUGUCCCCUAGAGACAUCCCGGCAACUACAAAGCAUCGCUUUCGUCUCCCCUUCAAUUAAUGUUGCAUUUCUGUUGGUACGCCUUUUCUACCUGUACAUAUUUCUUGCAUUUGUAUGUUUUCUUUUCUUGAUUAAAGCUGCAUAAAAUAGAAGGGAUUCUGAAGGGAGAAGCCCUUUGUUGUCAUUGCCUUGUUUAAUAAACAGUUUAUUCUCUG